AUGGCUCAACGAUCCCAGCUCGGCAGCGGGGCUGCCUCGGGGGUCCCGGAGCAGCACCGGGACUCUCGGACCAGACGGGGGCUGGCUGGGUGCAGGGCUCCUGGAUCGGCACCGGGGCUGGCCAUGCCGCUGGGCUCCCAGAUCAGCGUGGUGGUCACCGACCUGCUGGGCACCUGCUCCGUCAGCCCCUUCGUCUUGGCUUCCUACCACCACAACCGCACCCUGACCGCCCUGGCCCCAGGAAGCCGCAUCUGCCUCUACUUCGGCUUCGCCAUGAGCUUCUUCGGCCUCGCCACCAUGCUCAUCCUCUUCGCCAUGGCGCUGGAGCGAUGCCUGGCCCUGGGGUGGCCUUACUUCUACGAGCGCUUUCUCAGCCCCCGCACGGGCUUGGUUGCCCUGCCCGCCAUCUACACCUUCUCCGCAGCCUUCUGCUCCUUGCCGCUGGCGGGCUUCGGGCGGUACGUGCAGUAUUGCCCCGGCACCUGGUGCUUCAUCCAGAUGCACCUGGACUACCACCAGCACAACAGCAGCAGGGGGGUGUCCGGGUUGGACGUCACCUUCUCACUGCUCUAUGCCACCCUGCUGCUCUUCCUCAUCCUCUCCGUGCUGCUCUGCAACCUCAGUGUCAUUGCCAACCUGGUCCGCAUGCACCGCCGUGGGCAGAAGCCCCGCCGGCUGGCCACGCUCGAGCAGCCCCAGGGGGCCGGCAGCUGCAGCCGGCGCAUGUUCUCCAUGGCUGAGGAGAUCGACCAUCUCCUUCUCCUCUCCAUCAUGACCAUCAUCUUCGUCAUCUGCUCCCUGCCAUUCACGAUCCGUGCCUACAUGAACAAGUUCAGCAAGGGACAGGACAACCAAGACUGGGACCUCCUCGCCCUGAGGUUUCUCUCUAUUAAUUCCAUCGUCGACCCUUGGGUCUUCGCCAUCCUGAGGCCACCGGUCCUGCGGUUCAUGCGCUCCCUGCUGUGCUGCCAGGUGACCCCCAUGAGCCAGGACAGACGGACUCCGUCCCCCGCAAAGACAAAAUUGGAAGCACGGCUGGACUCCUGUGGGCAGUAAAAUCCAUCAGCCUUUCCAGGAGACGUCUGCCAGGCUGGGGUGAAGCACGGCCCUGGCAGAUGUUGAUGAAGCUCUGCCUAAUGGCCCAUGAAGAGACGUAUCUGCUGCAGGGUGGGCCAGCUACGGGUGGCCCGGCCAGGUGUCACCAUGUGUCUGGGAAACCCCUGGAAACCCAGCGUGGUCUCUCACAAGGCAAAAAAUACCGUGAGACAGGAUCGGAAGGGCUGAUGAGUACCUGGAUAUCGCUGUCACCCUUAGGCAGGGCUGUUCCCACCCAGCAAAGGGUGCAGGCUGUGUUUGGCCAGGGGGUGAAGCAUGGGGGGAUUUGCUAUAACACUACUGCUGCGGGGCUGGUGCUGGGGAGCAGAGCUCCCUGCUGCUGUGCUUCCCAGCAAGGUCCAAGCGGUCAUUUUGGGCUGUGGGCAGUGUGCAGGCAGGGGUACGGAGAUGGGGCUGGGUGGCCACCGUUGCUGCAAGCACCCAUCUCUGCCCUCAGGUCCCUAGGGAUUGGGUAGGAGAGGAAAGGAGCAGUGUAUCCCUAAAUAUUCCCCUUUAUUUGGUAGGCUGGUUGCCUAAAGAAAUGCACUUUAUGGGGUGUAGGUCUGUGUGCAUGUGUCUGUCUUUCUGCCCCCGCCCCUAGAGAUUUUAGGCUCUGGUGGGUGUCAGCUCAGCAUAUCUGAGGGGCACCCUAGCAGAAUAAAAGCCCAGUUGUGGCACUUCCCUGGCGCUGUGGUGGCCAGCGGAGCUGUGUCACCCCUCUUGAGCACCCGUUUUGCAAUUAUUUUGCCCCAUGAUUUGUGCAGGAGCCAGGGGAAUGAAGACCCCGCCUAAGGAACGGGAGGUUUCGGUCACAGCCGUGCGCUUCACCCACGUCCAGGGUGAUGCUGCUGAUGGGUUUUGGGUUGGUGUGGAGGAAGGCUCAUCAAGAGCCUCUGCUCAUCCUCCUGCCAGCCUGGGACAAACCUGCUCAGGGGCAUCACUUCUCUAGAGGGUUUAUUUGAAAAAAAACCCCAAACCUGAACCCCCCAAACCCAACAAAACCAUAAACAACAGUGCAGAAACAUGCAGGUCAUCAAUCCUGCCCUGUCUGUUGGCAUCCUUCAGUGCUGCCGUUUUGUUUUGUGGGAUGUGUCUGCUUCUGGGGGCUCCGGGCUGGUACCCAGUGGGGUGAGGAGCAUGCGACCCCAUGGGCGAGCUGGGUUUGUCCUGAGGCCAUUGCUGCCAUCAGGGGUUGCUGGCUUGGGGCUCGUGGCUCCUGUUCGUGCAGCAGCCAGCAAACGUGGUAUCGUUGUGCUACCGCACGUGGGGCGUCUCGCUGUCCGUUUGAGAGCUGUGGCUCUGCUCAGAGAGCCUAAAGGUGCUGA